AUGGGGAUAUAUGAGCCGCUGGCUUUGUUUAGCAUCGGGAUAUCUGAGCCGUUGGCUUUGUUUAGCAUCUACGGCUGUUUGUUGCUAUCCUCGUCGUUGCGUUUGUGGACGAUUGAAUGUGAUCUAAUUUUUAAUUCGCCGUCGUCGUGUGAAGCUUCACGGAGGUACCAGGCGGCGCAAUGGCUGCGGCAGAUGGACCAUGGCGCGUGGGAGGUCCUUCCCAAACAGCCCACGGAGGAGCAAUUUCGUCUUGCCCUCCGCAACGGACUCAUCCUCUGCAACGUCCUCAACAGAGUCAAUCCCGGUGCCGUUCACAAGGUGGUGGAGAACCCAGUGGUGGAUGUGCAGGCUACAGAAGGCGCUGCCCAAUCUGCUAUUCAGUACUUUGAGAAUAUGCGGAACUUUCUUGUAGCUGUGGGCAACAUGAAGCUCCUCACAUUUGAAGCCUCUGAUCUUGAAAAGGGAGGCUCCUCGGGAAAAGUCGUGGAAUGUAUUUUGUGUUUGAAAGGAUACUAUGAAUGGAAGCAAUCUGGAGGUCGUGGAGUCUGGAGGUAUGGUGGAACAGUGAGAAUAACAUCCUCAGGAAAAGAUUCUCCACCCUCUCUAGUUAGCAGUGAGAGUGUAGAUGAAUCCGUAGAUGAUUCUGAAUCAUCACAGUACGACCAACUAAUGGAAUUCCUCCACCUAUCUACUGACACCCUCGAGGAAUCCAGUGCAGCCAAUGUACUCACUUUCAUGUUCGAUUAUUUUAGUCUUGGUCUCUUGCAAUCCUACAUGACCGAAACCAAUGGAUUUGAUGAGAGGCCCAUAAACUCAACGGUCAUCGAUACAGUGCUGAAGAAGGUGGCUAAAGAAUUUUCAGAAUUAUUGGUUUCUCAAGGGCGUCAGCUUAACUUGUUUCUGAAUCAAGUUCUGGACAGUGGCUGCAGUCCUCAAUCUAAAACACAGUUUGGUGAAGCUAUAUUACAGUAUCUGAGCAAAAGGACGAGUUUAGUAUCAAAGGAUAUUGCAAAAUUCUGCAUUUGUGGAGGAGAAGGUGGUAGAACUUGUAAUAGGAAUAACUCCUCUCGUGUUGGUAUAGAACUACUUAAUCUUCAACACCAACAACUAGAGGAUUUAAAAGCUCUUUUUAAUGAGACAAAGGAAGAACUCAGCCGUGCUCGGUUAGGAUGGGGAAACGAACUUCACUCCCUCGGACACCAUGUUAAGGGUCUAGAAGUGGCUGCUUCGUCAUAUCACAAAGUUUUGGAAGAAAAUCGUCUUCUAUAUAAUCAAGUUCAAGAUCUAAAAGGGACCAUCCGAGUUUACUGUAGAGUAAGACCAUUCCUCCCAGAUCAAUGUAAUGGACAGUCUACAGUUGAUUAUAUUGGGGAAAAUGGAAAUAUCAUGAUUGUGAAUCCCCUAAAGCCCAGCAAAGAUGCAAGAAGGGUUUUCUCAUUCAAUAAGGUGUUUGGGACAAAUGUGACGCAACAAGAUAUAUAUGCUGACACUCAACAACUGAUCAGAUCUGUUUUAGAUGGCUAUAAUGUUUGCAUCUUUGCGUAUGGUCAAACGGGCUCCGGGAAGACGUAUACCAUGAGUGGUCCAGAUUUGACAACAGAGGAGACAUGGGGAGUAAAUUAUCGAGCGUUACGUGACCUGUUCCACAUUUCUAAGGACAGAAUGGACGCUAUAGAAUAUGAAGUUGGUGUUCAAAUGAUUGAGAUAUACAACGAACAAGUUAGAGAUUUGCUGGUAUCUGAUGGAAGUAGCAGAAGAUAUCCUUAUAUUCGAAAUAAUUCUCAGCUUAAUGGCCUUAAUGUUCCGGAUGCUAGUCUAGUUCCCGUUAAAUGCACUCAAGAUGUUCUUGAUUUGAUGAAAAUCGGACAAAAGAACCGUGCUGUGGGUGCUACAGCUUUGAAUGUACGGAGCAGCAGAUCUCAUAGUAUUUUGACAGUUCAUGUUAGGGGAAAAGAUCUGGUGUCAGGUUCAAUAUUAAAGGGUUGCCUUCAUUUAGUUGAUCUAGCUGGGAGUGAGAGAGUGGAUAAAUCUGAAGCUGUUGGUGAGAGACUAAAGGAAGCUCAGCAUAUUAAUAAGUCGCUCUCUGCACUUGGUGAUGUCAUUGCUGCACUUGCACAAAAGAGUUCUCAUAUACCUUACAGAAAUAGCAAGCUCACUCAAGUGUUGCAAGAUUCUUUAGGAGGGCAUGCUAAGACGUUGAUGUUUGUUCAUAUAAACCCGGAUGUUAAUGCUCUAGGGGAGACAAUCAGUACCCUGAAAUUUGCUGAAAGAGUUGCCACGAUAGAUCUUGGGGCCGCCCAAUCUAACAAAGAGACUAAUGAGAUAAAGGACUUUAAAGAAGAGAUCUCAAACUUGAAGCUAUUACUGGAGAGGAAGGAAGUUGAGUUGGAACAGCUAAAAAGUCGCACAAAUAAUCGAGGAGCAGUAUCUCCACUACGGCUACCUAAAUUUAACAGCAAUGCCAGUUUGAAGCCUGAGAGCAAUCAGCAACAUCUUGGUACUCAAAAUGCGGAGGCGAGAAGCUGUUCCUCUCGUAAACAGAGGCGAUCUCGAUUUCCCUCAAAAUUCACGAACAAAGAUGUCAUACCGAAAAUGCCCCUCCAACCAGAAGACAAACCAGCAAGCUCCAUAAUGCCUAGAUUUUCAUCUCCCCCAAUCAGGAGAUCAAUAUCAACCGAUAGAUCUGCUAUCGUUAAACCUCGAAUAAAGCCCGAUGUUCUCGAAAAUCCGCCUGCCUUGAAAGCUCCAUAUCCUGCUAGCCUCUCGUUAAAUAAACCUGUUAUUGCUAGUGUGCCUCUAGUUGCACCCGUAGCAGUAAAUUUGCGCCCCAUUUACGAAGGGUCAAAAGAACCACCUUUCCUGGACACCCUUGAACGAAAAUCUCAGCCCGAAAGUGAAGAACACAUUAAACAAGCGCUGAAUGUACGGCAUGGUGGCAUCAGGAAAACUAAACAGGAGGUCAAGGUCAAGAUCAAUGCCAAGCCGCAUAUAGCGGCUAAAGCCCAAAAAUCUAGUUAUCCUGAAAUACACCUACUUUCUGAUGUGUGCGCGGAAAAAUUGCUGGACGAGACUCAGAAAUUUGAUUUUUCGGGUUUGGAAAGCGGGCCUGGGCAUUUUCAGUUGCCAGCCAGUAGGAUGAAGAAGGCUCACAAAAACUUCUCCAGUAACUCCCAAAAUGUAGAACCAAGAGAAGUAAUCCAAUCCGUGGAUCCCUUGUUGGCUGCAUACCAAGACUACAAAACUUUAAAUACAGUAACUCAGAAUGGGAAGGAUAUAGGACGUCCGGCUGUUCCUGAAUGUCGAAGGAGUAGAUCUACUCCUCGAGGAAAAUUUAUGAUGUGAUUGUAGAAGAUUUGAGAGCAUCUGGUCGUGAGAAGAUCUGUAUAGGACUUCAUUUUGCUUCUUGACUUUGGGACUGCAGUUGUGUGAAAUUUCCAAUCCACGAAAUAAUGUGAUUUGUAUGGGAUAAAAUGUCCGGCAGACCUGUGGCUACCGUUUACUGUAUAGCUUGGCAGAUGUCUCGACUACUAUGAUUCCUGUUGGGAACUACACAUAAUUUUUUUCAUGUGCAUAGCUAUUAGACAUGAAGAUUUAUAAGUUUCCUUCUUGUGCUCGUGCAGCCAUAUAUAGAGAUGGACAGCGAUAUUCAUGUAAUCGGCAUAUGAUCAGCUGAUGAAUGAGAUACAAAACACGUAUUUUGAGAAACAAUGGUUCUUGUUUGGGGAUGUAACCUUUUCUCAUUCUCUUUCUUUUAUUAUGUCUCUACUUCAAUUGUUCUUUUGUCCAGCAUUGUUGUUUUAGAUGUG